GCUGACGGAGCUGCCGAAACGCCGGCGAUGGGGGCGAUGGGACGGAGAUCGCUGCAGCCUCCGGCCGCCAGCCGGAGCUUUUCCCGGAGGAAGCGAGAUGAGGAGACACCUUCCUACCUGAAGUGGGUGACUUUUGAAGGCAAGCUGCCCGACGAUGCCGUCUCCAACUGGAACGACUACGCCAAGAGGAUGGAGUACGUCUGCUCCACUUCGGUGCUCGGUUGCGACACCGGUGCCUACGUCCCCGACCGAGGUCCCUUCUGCUUCUUCCCGUAUGGAGAACGGGAGCGGAGCACCCGCCACUUCAAGGUGUUGGUCAACGUGGGAAACUUCGAGAUGCUGGAUUGGGUGGACGACUCCUUCGGCAGCGUGCCCGAAAACGCCGUGGCGGGCUGCCCGUUCUUUGAUACCUUUGUUGGGAGGAACCGCUACGGCUUGGGGAAGAUCUCCAAAGAGCAGAGGGCUGCCUUUGUGGUGGUGGAUGGUGAGGAGGUUUGGUACAAGUGGUACCAAGUCUUGGUGGUCAAGAAGGGCCUGGCAGACGUCACCAUCUCCCACGUCCGCUACAACAUGAGCAGGGCAGUGGAAGGCGGGGAGGACGUCACCCUGAUGAAGACCACGGUGAGGAACGAGGGUUGUCAACGGGUGCGGAAAGCUGUCACCUUGGAGGAGGUCACCGAGACGGAGCACAACUGGGGGACGGACCGGAGGGUCUUCGCCACCGUCCACGGGGUGUUGCAAGCCGCCCACUUGACCUUCAGUGGGACGGGCUGGGACGUCACCAACGUCACCAACAUCCCCUGGGUGGGGGGAGCCAGCACCAGCGAGUACGUCGUCCACAUCCGCGUGGUAGAAGAGGAGCUGCAGCCCUGGACGACGUGCGCGGUGGCCCUGGAGGGACGCCGGCUGGACAUCCGCGUCCCCUUCACCGCGCAGCUGACCCGCGAUUUUGGCGACGGUCAACCGCACCGCGUGGCCGUGACGGGGUGGGCUCAUAGCCGGGUGGUGGUGGGCGUCCGAGCUGGCGUCAAGGAGUGCCAACCCAUCGAUGACGCCCCACCAUGCUGGGUGUAG